UUCAGGAAGCGGAGAAGAUGGUAGCAUCACUGCAGGAUAAUGCCUUAGAUGAUGAUAGACUGUCAACACAAAUUGAGGAUAAACGAACUAAAGCUGCCUCCAUGCCAUUGACACAUGAUGCUGCUAUGAAAUGGUUUUAUAAAGAUCCGCAAGGAGAAAUACAAGGACCUUUCACUAACCAAGAAAUGGCAGAAUGGUUCCAGGCUGGCUACUUCACAAUGUCUUUAUUCGUAAAGAGAGGAUGUGAUGAGGGUUUCCAGCCAUUGGGAGAAAUUAUUAAAAUGUGGGGCAGAGUUCCUUUUGCUCCAGGACCCUCUCCUCCUCCAUUGCUGGGUGACCUGGACCAGGAAAGACUGAAGAGACAACAGGAGCUGGCUACCUUGAAUUUGUAUCAGAUGCAGCAGAUACAGUGCCAGCAGCUUCUGCAGGCACAGCUUAUGACCCGGCAACAGUAUGCACAAGCAUUAGCACAUCACCAAAAGGCAGCUGUGGAAGCCAUAACAACGCAGCAGCAACAACAACAACAACAGCAACAGCAGCAACUAGCUGUCAUACUUGAGCAGUUUCAAGCCUUAAAGUUAAGAUCCUCAGAGCAAGGUCUGAUGCCUCCAGCAACACGGUCCAUGAGUGUGCCUGAUAGUGCCUCAAUAUGGGAAUUGCAGGCUGCAUCAUCUCAACCCUCAGGUUGGGAUGGUGGUAGCGUGUGGGACUUGCCGGUCGAUGCCCCAGUUCAAGGAACCACAGUCGAGCAAAUCCAGCAGAUAGAGAGAGGAAAAGCUGCCAAGCUUAAGCAAGAAAAGAGGGAUGCAGAAAUUAGGGCUAAAAGGGAGGAGGAGGAAAGAAAACGACAAGAAAUCCGUCGCCAUCAGGAAGAACUUUUACGAAGGCAAGAGGAGGAGAGGAAACGAAAGGAGGAAGAGGAGCUUGCGAGGAGGAAACAGGAAGAAGCAUUACAGCGCCAAAGAGAGCAUGAAGCAGCACUUCGACGGCAAAAGGAAGAGGAAGAGCGACAACAGGAAGAAGCCCGCCGGCAUGAAGAAAGACAGAGAGAAGAAGAGGAAAGACGUCAAAGGGAAGAAAUCCUUCGAAAACAGGAAGAGGAGCGGCGACGCAAAGAAGAAGAGGCAGCACGAUGGGUGAUGGAGAAGGAAGAAACUCGGCGGCGACUGGAAGAGGAUAACCGCCUACGAAUGGAGGAGGAGAAGAAUCGACUUCGAGUAGAAGAGGAGGAACAGAAACGCAAAGAUAUAGAACGUCAUAAAGAGCUGCAGAAACAAGAGUCCAUACGACAAAGACAACAGCAGCAAGAAGCACUGAGACGUUUACAGCAGCAGCAGCAACAACAACAGCUAGCACAAAUGAAGGUAGAUAUUAAAGCGAUGUAUUUUGAAAUUGGGUUUUCUGGGCACAGGGAUAAUAAAAGUUUCAUAAAUGUAAAACGCCACAUCUGAAUUAGUGAUUACCCGAGAUUUAAAAAGCACCU